AUGGCCACUCCAAGCCCGGGGCCUCGCGAGGUAGGUGCGGACCGGAGAGGGGACAGAAGAGGGAAGGGUGAGUGAACAGGUCCCGCCUUCCUUUUGGCCAGAGGUGUGGACACGCCCCCAUCUCAGCAAGGGUAGGACUUUGUUCUGGGAAGACCAGGACAUGCCCCAUAUGGGCACAGGUAUGAAGGGGGCUAUAAUCAGGUGGUCUCCCCGGGGAACCACCAUGGCUUCUUGUGGCGUCUCCGAGACAAGCAAAACCGAGUGGGCCUGUUUGAGGUCAAUCCAGGGCACGAGCUGCACCGAAUGACACGCAUGAUGCAGGAAGGGCUGUGGGCUGCCACUCAGGUCUUCAUGGACAACCCACCCAAGGGACCUCCCACCCAGAAGGAUUUCUCUGAAGUCAUGACCCAGGUUCACGAAGAGGGCUUCGAGAUGGGCACCCUGGCCGGCCCAGCUUUUGCACGUUUGAGGCACUUUCUGGGCCUGACCGAAGAGGAUUACCAGGCUACUCUGGGCCCCGGUGGCCCCUACCUUCAAUUUCUUAGCACCUCCAAGAGCAAGGCCAGCUUCUUCCUGUCCCACGACCAGCGCUUCUUUCUGAAGACCCAGAGGCAGCAGGAGGUGCAGGUGCUGCUCGCCCACCUGCCCCGCUACGUGCAGCACCUGCGGCGGCACCCACACUCGCUGCUGGCACGGUUGUUGGGAGUGCACAGUCUGCGGGUGGCUCGCGGAAAAAAGAAGUACUUCAUCAUCAUGCAGAGCAUCUUCUACCCUGUGGGCCGCAUCACCGAGAGGUAUGACAUCAAGGCUUGUGAGGUGAGCCGCUGGGUGGAGCCAGUCCCUGAGGGCAGCCCCUUUAUCCUGGUGAUGAAGGAUCUCAACUUUGAGGGGAAGACCAUUAACCUGGGACCCCAGCGGAGCUGGUUCCUCCGCCAGAUGGAGCUGGACACCGCCUUCCUGCGGGACCUGAAUGUGCUGGAUUACAGUCUCCUGGUGGCCUUUCAGCUUCUCCACGAAGAUGAAAAGGAUUCUUACAACAUUUACAGUAUGAUCAGGUCCAUACAUGGUGCACCAAAUUUGGAUUUGACGGAGGACCAGAAUCGCCGGCUGCUGCUAGACGUCCCCAACGCCCUUCAUGUCGUGGAUGGGCCAGACCAACGUUAUUUUCUGGGCUUGGUGGAUUUGACCACCGUCUAUGGGCUUCGCAAACGGCUGGAGCAGUUGUGGAAGAUGAUGCGCUAUCCAGGCCAGUCCUUCUCCACCGUCAGCCCGGCUCGCUACGCCCGUCGCCUCUGUCAGUGGGUGGAGACGCACACCGUGUGA